ACUCAAAAAGAAGCGCAGAUACUCAGAAAGUCAGAGGCGCGCGGCUUUUGGAGAGUCAAGUCUUCACUCGGCAAUGGCCCUCCUGCGUAGGCUACAGUAAUUGUAGUUUCCUUAUUCCGCCAGAGAAAUGUCAUUGAAAAAAGUUGUCUGACAUCAUUUUCGUUGCCAAAUAAUUCUCUUUGUAUUUCGUUUCAAGUGUGGGAGCUGCGAACUGGAUCAUCAGAGCUCUUGAUGCAGAGAGAUGCCACAGUUCAUUCGAUAUGUACAGUGUAUAUAAAGCGUACGACCUAUGAAAUAACUGCUCACAGACUGGGAUUUGAUUCCUUUACCAAGAGGAUUUUGAGAUUGUCAUUUUUGUGUAUUUUCGAAGCUGGAAUCUGGAUUAAGGAGAGUGGAAAUUGUGAAGGCGCGUUCCGUAGACUAAAUUGUAUUUUUUUUGCGCGAAUAUUUAAAUUCUCCCAGUUGUAGUUACGACCGAACCAACUAUUUGGAAAGGGAAUUACAACACGUUUACAAAAGGAAGAAAUUAAAUCGGAUCCUCAUUUUGACAGCUUCUUGACCUUGAAUCUAAUUCGGCUACCAAUUCUUCAUGAUGUGGAUUUAUUUCUACCUCGUUCUUUUUCUAUUAGACAGGGUUGUGUCCUCCUGGGGUGGUUCCUCAUCGGCCCUGGUUGGGACGGGUGCCCAUGGCUGGUUGGAUUGCGUGAGGGCCAGUGACAUAUGCAACCAGAACCCCCAGUGCAGCUCCCGCUACCGGGUGAUGCGUCAGUGCCUGGUGGGCAGAGAGAGGGACACCAUGCUGGCCAACAGGGAGUGCCAGGCUGCCUUGGAGGUGCUGCUGGUCAGCCCGCUGUAUGACUGUCGAUGUAAAAGAGGCAUGAAGAAAGAGCUGCAGUGUCUGCAGAGCUAUUGGAGCAUCCACAUGGGCCUGACCGAAGGUGGAGAGCUUUAUGAAACAUCCCCUUAUGAACCUGUGAUGCCUGUUCGCUACCCUGAUGCAUUCCGUCUCGCUUCCAUUAUCUCAGGGAUGCACACUGUCACCCCUAAAGCCAACACUUGCUCUGACCCAGGCAAGACGUGUAACCCGUGUCUGGAUGCAGCCAAGGCCUGCAACCUCAACAACACCUGUAAGAAACAGCGCUCCACCUACAUUGCCACUUGCAACAAAGGGGAACCCUGUAACCGUAAGCGCUGCCACAAGGCCCUGAGGCAGUUCCUGGAUCGGGUGCCCAGCGAGUACAGCCACCAGCUGCUCUUCUGCCCCUGCCAGGACCUGGGCUGUGCUGAACGGAGGAGGCAGACCAUCGUGCCCUUCUGCUCCUUCGAGGACAAAGUCAAACCCUACUGCCUGGAGCUCAGAAAGAACUGCCGCCAAGACCCCCUCUGCAGGUCUAGACUGGCCGAUUUCCACAUGAACUGCAUGGUGACUCAGCACACAGUCAGCAGCUGCCCAAAUGAGGACAACUACCAGGCCUGUCUGGCCUCCUACGCUGGCCUCAUUGGGACGGAUAUGACUCCAAAUUAUGUGGAUGGCAGCUACAACAACUGGACUGUCUCCCCAUGGUGCACCUGUAAAGGAAGUGGGAACCAGGAAGAGGAGUGUGAGAGCUUUCUGAGGGACUUCACAGAGAACACCUGCUUGAGAAAUUCCAUUCAAGCAUUCGGUUAUGGAACAGAAAGUCUCUUCCACAAAGCUGAGUCUGUCCCACCAACCCCUUCCAUGAAGCCUGGAUUAGAGACCUCAGUCAGCACCUCAGAGCCAUACAACCCCAAUGACGUCCAGCCUGAAGAUGAAGCCCACGGGAAGCCUAUACUGGAGCCCAGCAGUGGUUACAAUGGCCUGACUAGACCCAAGAGCCCACCUGAUGAUGGGGCACCCUGUGUCUGUGCCAGUGUCUGGAUGCUGCUGCUCAGCCUGACCUCCGCCAUGGCCAACCAUGCCCUAUAAAACUCCCUGUGGGCUGUCGCCGACCAUCAAGCUGAUCCCAAACGCAGAGGUGUUGUCAAGGGGCUUGUUUGAGGAUGUUUUAUUUUUCAAGCCCAGGCAUCAUGCAAUUUCAAAAAGGAGAGGCGGAGAGCACACAAUCGGAGAUAAUCUAAAUAUUAUUUAUUUGAUGUAACAUUUUGGCUUUUGAGGACCACUAUGAUCAAGAAAAUGGCUUUACAUGGAACCCCAUGUGGUGAAGCCUCAGUGGCCAUUGGCUGUGACUGUCUUUCCAUCAGUAACACUGACAAAGAACCCAAAGUAUCAUGUCAAAGACUUCUGCACUCCUGCCAUGACAAAGAGAAGAGAAAGAGAGAGAGAGAGAAAGAGUGUGAGAGAGAAAUGGAGAAAGAGAGAGGAGAGAGAACUGCUGUCUGUCAGACGUUUUCGUCUAGAAACAGUGCUCGACUUGCUUUUUAAUGGACAGACCUCAAGCUUUGUGUUUCCAUUACUUGCAGACAGAAGAAUUAUCACUUUUGUGUCUUCUCAAAAGUGUAAAUCUUAACUCAGUGUAUCCGUGUUGGUAUAGUAACAGUGAACAGUAUGUUCAGUACAGCUAUUUAAUUUCAGUGCUAUAUUUUUUCAGCAGACAAAAAAAAAUACUCAAAUAUAAUGUUAACUGGUUCUCAUUUGAGAUGUUGUUGUCAUUGAUAGUGGGUGAGAAUAAAUAUCCACCCACACAUGUGCAUACUUUGUCAGUGUAUAUAACAAACUGUUUUCUUUCAAUGAGCCAAGAUAAACAAACUGUUUUCUUUCAAUUUACCAAUAUGACCUACCUUAAAUGGUCAAGGCGAUAUGAUGGCACUGUAUUGUUAAGUAUGAAGAACAAAUUUAGAAGGCAAAGUUGGCAAAGAAAAAGAAGAAUGUAUAUAGGGAUGAGAUUGAAUUAGCUACAUUUGCUUGGAAAGUAAUUACCUGUGUGUAUUAUAGUCGUUCUUUGUACAGUGCAAAUACACGUGGCCUUACCUAUUGCUCGUACCACAUUACCCUGCUCAUGGGACAUCGCAACUCGUAGUAACUAAAUGAAUCAUUCAAAUGGGUUCAUGUCGAAACAACAAGCCAUCAGAUCAACAAGCCACCAGAUCAACAUUUGACUACAUAAAUGCCUGGGAUUGAACCCUUCUAUUUCCAUUGGACUGUUCCAACAGAGAUGUCUAGAGCAAAGAAAUACUCACAGUUUAUAGCUGCUGCACAUUCUGUUGUGUUGAGUUUUCCCCCAGAUUUUAUAUUAUUUUUGAUUGGUCAGGUUGUAGCUGAGUCUUGCAGAUGACAUCAUGACGUACUGCUGAUGAAUGCUUACAUUACUGGCUCUGGCCUCCUAUAAGCCAAUCAAAUGCAUGAGGUAAAUUAAGAGUUUUGACAUGUAGUAAUGUAAAUAAAUAAACUGAUAAAUAUUCCCCCUCACACAGAAUGGGUCCGGGUAUAUGAGGAAAAUGGGGUUUCAGCAUUUCUCACACAGUUAAGUUAAUUCAUGCUGAUUGAUUCAUACAAAAGUGAGCAAUUUUGAAAAAUAUUACUGCCAACAUGACUCUCAAUGGAAGUCAAGACAGCACUGAAAACAAAGAUUGCACACAAAUAAAUCCUGACAAUAAAUAAAUGACAUGUCGCAGCUUAUAUAAGGUGAGGGGCAGAGAGUACUCAAAGAUGGGAUGUCAUGAGUGUAUAAGUGAUUGAAAGAGUGAGAAGAGUGUGUGUGUGUGUGUGUAUGUGUUUGUGUGCCUGUGUUCUGGAGUCCAGUUUGUUUCCUUUCAAUAUAAAAAUGGCGGGUGGGGGUUAGUUUUGUGGUGGGGUCUAAGGGCACGGGAAAGUGAAAGCGGCGGGUUACUGUGCGCGCGCUUGAUUAAUGAGCCAGUGGAAUGAUGUUUCUUAUCAACACUCUGCACAUGUUGGAGAGAGGAGUAAGGUUUACAAGACUGGGAUCCUCCAAUCAGAGACAACGCCCACUCCCUUCCCAUCAUUCCACUUUUUCAGUCACACCUGCCUGUGUGGCUCUUUUCUCUUUGGCUUGGUUGGUGUAAUAUGUUAUACACCAUGAGGGGGUCAUUUUGUGAAACACUGAACAUCAUACUUCAGGGUUCAGUUAGCAAAUUAAAGUGUAGCCUAGCAUAGAGCUGGGGGUUUCAGUUCAUGAUACACUGGAUAAGCUAGAGUAACUGGAGCGUUUAUGUUUAUGUUUACACAUUUGUUCACUAGCUGGAAUCUCAGUCUGUGCUACAGUGUAGAAUAACAGCUUUCAUAAUAGGCACAUUCUAUUGCUGCGCUCACAAUUUUGGAUACAAAUGAGGAGUCCACAGUCUCCUUGCAAGAAUAGGAGAGCCUAGCUGUAGUGGAAAUGCAAGGCACGUUAUUGGAAAGGAGGAAAUGAAGCACGUUUUCCCAAAGGCACUGUUGAAACUGUACUGUAUAUUGCACACAUUCAGAUCCUCGGCUGCAUGCACAUUCAUUAAAAGUUUUCAUUUCAUUUUCAAAAUUUUACCCUUGAUCUUUCUUUAAUUUCAUUUUUAACUGCCUGCCUCAUAAGUCAAGAACUGUCUGGCUUUUUUUUGCAAAGGGUUGGAUGUAAAAUGAGCAUGGUUGGGUAAGAAAAAAAGGUAAUAGAAAAUCAAAAACCCUCUGAGCCUUUUCUUAAGCAAGCAACUGUGUUGUCAAGGGUGUGGACAGAGCUAUUGAACCACGCCACUUGAGAUGUAAUUCCCUGCUCCGUUGAAGAAAGUCUGGACAUUUCUAUUGGAAAGAGGAGAACCUCUAAAACAAUCAUAUAGAUUCUGCUAUGCCAAUGUGAGUUUGACCGCGUCAUCCCCACUCCCCGUCUUUCACAUGUGGGAUGAUUAUUGAUUGAGCCAUCAUUUCCAAAGCUGAACAUCUGUAAUGAAAUUCUACUCUUUUUAUUGGAUUUGGUGAUGGGAUCUUGGUCUCUAACAGCUGUUGUGGCUUUAUUACACAGUCACUGUCACCAGUGGGAGGCUUCCACUAUAGUGCUGACUGCUAGGGUUCCUCAUGACAUCUCAUCUGUAAACACAGUGCUUCCUAAUAUUUAGGGGUUCACGGGGAAACCUAUUGUUAUUGUUGGAAAGAAAAAUAUCUUGACAUGGUCAAAUAACAAAAAAAAUAGAUUGCAAACUUUUUUUUCUAAUUUGGCACAAAGAAACUAAAGCAUAUGAGUAACUUGCUCAAAAAGAUUGAAACCGCUUGGCCUAUCGGUGGCUCUGUUAUAAGCAGUCUCACUUAAACUCUCAUAUCCGCUACCCCGUUUGACCUAGAGACUUGAAACGUUAAAUGUACAGUACCAGUCAAAAGUUUGGACACACCUAGUAAUUCAAGGGGUUUUCUUUAUUUUUACUAUGUUCUACAAGGUAGAAUAAUAGUGAAGACAUGGAAUCAUGUAGUAACCAAAAAAGUGUUAAACAAAUCAAAAUAUAUAUUUGAUUUCAGAUUCCUCAAAGUAGCCACCCUUUGCCUUGAUGACAGCUUUGCACACUCUUGGCAUUCUGUCAACCAGCUUCACCAAGAAUGCUUUUCCAACCAUCUUGAUGGAGUUUCCACAUAUGCUGAGCACUUGUUGGCUGCUUUUCCUUCACUCUGCGGUCCAACUCAUCCCAAACCACCUCAAUUGGGUUGAGGUCGGGUGAUUGUGGAUGCCAGGUCAUCUGAUGCAGCACUCUAUCACUCUCCUUCUUGGUCAAAUAGCUCUUACACAGCCUGGAGGUGUGUUGAGUCAUUGUCCUGUUGAAAAACAAAUGAUAGUCCCACUAACCAGAUGGGAAGGCGUAUCGCCGCAGAAUGCUGUGGUAGCCAUGCUGGUUAAGUCUGCCUUGAAUUCUAAAUAAAUCAGUGACAGUGUCACCAGCAAACCACCCCACACCAUCACACCUCCUCCUCCGUGCUUCACGGUGGGAACCACACAUGCAGAGACCAUCCGUUCACCUACUCUGCGUCUCACAAAGACACGGCAGUUGGAAACAGAAAUCUCAAAUUUGGACUCAUCAGACAAAAGGACAGAUUUCCACCAGUCUAAUGUCCAUUGCUCAUAUUCCUUGGCCCAAGCAAGUCUCUUCUUAUUAUUGGUCCUUUAGUAGUUGUUUCUUUGCAGCAAUUCAACCAUGAAGGCCUAAUUCACACAGUCUCCUCUGAACAGUUGAUGUUGAGAUGUGGCUGUUACUUAAACUCUAUGAAUCAUAUAUUUGGGCUGCAAUUUCUGAGGCUGGUAACUCUAACGAACUUAUCCUCUGCAGCAGAGGUAUCUCUGGGUCUUCCUUUCCUGUGGCGGUCCUCAUGAGAGCCAAUUUCAUUAUAGCGCUUGAUGGUUUUGCAACUGCACUUGAAGAAACGUUCAAAGUUCUUGAAAUGUUCUGUAUUGACUGACCUUCAUCUCUUAAAUAUUGUUGGACUGUUGUUUCUCUUUGCUUAUUUGAGCUGUUCUUGCCAUAAUAUGGCCUUGGUUUUUUAUCAAAUAGGGCUAUAUUCUGUCUCAAAUGCAGUAAGAAGGAAAUAAAUUCCACAAAUGAACUUUUAACAAGGCACACCUGUUAAUUGAAAUGCAUUCCAGGUGACUACGUCAUGAAGCUGGUUGAGAGAAUGCCAAGAGUGUGCAAAGCUGUCAUCAAGGCAAAGGGUGGCUACUUUGAAGAAUCUCAAAUAUAAAAUAUAUUUUGAUUUGCUUAACACUUCUCUGGUUACUACAUGAUUCCAUAUGUGUUAUUUCAUAGUGUUGAUGUCCUCACUAUUAUUCUACAAUGUAGAAAAUAGUAUAAAUAAAGAAAAACCAUUGAAUGAG